AUGAAUCAGUCAUCCAUUAAUAACGUCGAAGAACAUGCAAAGACGGAUAAUAAUGAAAAAGAAAAGAAAGACGAACCAUUGCUGCCUCACCCUAGGAAAUGGGACAUAGAGUGGAGAAAUCUGAUCUUAUUUAUCAUUUUCCACAUUGGAGCUGUUCGUGGAGUAUAUUUAUUAUUUACCGCCGCCAAGUGGCAAACAUGUCUCUUUACCUUGCUGUUGUAUAUCGCUACAUCUAUUGGCAUAACGGUUGGGGUCCACAGACUAUGGUCACACAAAACAUUCCAAGCCCGGCUGCCUCUGCGACUCAUACUGUUGUUCUUUUCCACGAUGGCAUUUCAGUUUUCAGUAGUGGCGUGGUCACGCCUUCAUCGUAUGCACCACAAGUACUUAGACACGGAUGCAGACCCCUAUAAUGCUAGGAGAGGCUUCAUCUACUCUCACUUUGGCUGGAUGCUGAUCAAAAAACAUCCGGAGUACAAAUUACGUAUAGUUGACAUGAGCGAUCUAUUGCAAGAUCCUUUACUACGAUUCCAGAACAACCAUUAUUGGGAAGUUCUAUUCAUUGCAUUCUUCCUAAUACCGACAUACAUACCCACUUUAUGGGGAGAACAAGCGAGCACAGCUUUCUAUACUUGUGUGUGUUUACGCUACAUAUGCGCACUCCAUGCGAUCUGGCUAAUCAACUCAGCAGCUCAUAUGUGGGGCACGAAACCGUAUGAUAAAAACAUGACACCAGUUGAAACUAGAAUUGUGGCAUUACUAGCCGCUGGAGAAGGAUUUCACAACUACCACCACGCUUUUCCAUGGGAUUAUAGGAUAGCUGAGUUCGGAGGUUACUCCCUCAACAUUGGCAAGUUGUUCAUUGAUAUCAUGGCUAAAAUCGGAUGGGCAUACAAUCUUAAAUCGGUACCAGAUGAGCUGAUUGAAAAACGGGUGAAGAGAACUGGUGACGGUACACACCCAAUUUGGGGCUGGGAUGACCCAGACUUACCAUUGGAAGAUAGAAAUAUGUCAAUCGUAAAAUAA